ACUGAGAUGAAUCCAACUCCUCACCACUGAGCAUAAUCAGAUAUGAUGGGUUUUGGAUAAUCCUCGCAUAUCAUCAGCUCUCAGGAACGCUCAUACGUCAUCCCUUUCUUCUCAUGCAGACUCAUGAACUGAGGCAGCAGCAGCAGCAGCAGCUCUGACAGCACCGUCGCAUCCCACUGAAGUGUUAACAAGAGCGACAAAACUGCACAGCCUUGACGAGAAGAAAAACGUCUAGCCUACAACAGGCACUGCUAUGUUGAAAUGUAUUAGAUAUGACUGAUGUCGAGGUGACAUAUGAAGACUUCAUCGCCUCUGCAAGGACCGGCAGACGCAAUGCUGUGCACGAAAUACUGGGAACCUCCGGCGGGCUGGAUGCUAGUGGACUCUCCCAAACUCUUUCUGAGCUCAAUAUCAGCAAAGCAGAGUCAGGGAAUGAUGGAGAGAAGAGCCAGAGCUUUUCAGACUCCGAACCGAAGCAGGAAGAAGGCAAAGGGGAAGGAACAUAACAGACUUCAGUGAGAGAAUCAGUCAGAUACCCCCUCUAGUGGCUGAUUUUUAUAAGCAUGGAGGGGUUGACACUGAAAAUAGUGCAGCAUCCCUCUCUCUGAAGGAUCCGGAUGGAGGAGACUUUGCUUUGAGGAAGCUACUGUGAAAGGCUGGGCCUUAUGAAUCAUAGCGCUGCUGUUUUACUACAGUGAUCGCUACUUUAGCUGAUGUAGGUAUGACUUUUACUUGGAUAUUCACUCUAGUUGGUAGGUACCUAGAGCGACUGGUGGGAUUUGAGUCAGAAGUAAUCACAUUAGAAUGAUGAAGACACACUUGGGAGAUGAACAACACCCACUGAACUUGUGAUUUUCGAUUCACCAAAUAGCUGCCAGUGUAGUGCAGCUAUUACAUACUUAAAAUUCAGUCAUUUUAUAGGUGUAGUGUUGUAAUAGUAAUAUCAGAUUUUGAUAUUAAAUUGUGCUUUAUGUCUUAUCUUAAACUGAGAUCUUCAGUUUAUGUUUUCACUAGGUACACAUUGGUAUAAUAAGUGCUGCACUUUUUGUAAACACUCACUGAAUUCUGAUAAACUGUCUAUUAUGGUCUUGCAUGACACUGCUCCUGACAGAGUCUGUAUGUAUAACUGUUCACAUCCCACAAAUUUGUGACCCCAUCAUUUGCAGUGUUGCGAUGCUAAUUUGUGUGUUUCACGAUGAGAAUUCUUAUUAUAUUAUGAAAUCUGGCUCGAUUUGAAGUCUUAAUUACACUGCCUAUUAUUAAUCCAUUUGAAAAUGUGUUCAAUAGAGCUUGCCUUACCAAACCUCUGCCCAUAUUUUGUCUUCCAGCUCUAUGUCCUAAAUUUUGAAUAAAUAUAUUUGAUAUUUUCAUCUGUGGGUACAUACAAAUUUGAAUAAAUUCAAGAAAUCUUUGGGAAAAUGGUGA